AUGAGUGAAGCUGUGGUUAGCGGGGUGAGGAGGUUGAGCACCAUCUCAGAGGCAGAUGUGGACCAUGAAGAGGAGCCCGUGUCCAUGGUGUCCUCAGGGGACAGCGAGUGGGUCGGAUCCAGCGCUUCGCUCUGCACGCGUGGGAAGCCCAGCGCCGAGAGCAGCACCUUCACCUCCUUUGAGUCCUAUCAGCCUGACACUGCAGAUGACUGCGCCACCAUCCUGCUGGCUUGCCUCUACUGCCGCUUCUGUGACAUCUUCACCAUGAUGCCUGACGUGUGUGAGCGGGCGUUCAUCCGCUGCUUCCCCUCCUACAAGUAUUACAGCACCUCGGAUGAGCAGUCCAAGGGGAAAGACUGGUGCGGCUGUAACAUCGAGUUUGACUGUAAUUUCAUGAACUCCUGUCAAGAGGCCAGUGAGUUAAUCGAGCUGGCGAUGGAGAUAUCUGAGGUGUGCUACCGCUAAUACAUUCAGGACAAGAGAUUCUCCAUUGUUCUCUGAGUUAUUCGUUCUCACAAAGGACGUUUUGUGACGCCAUUGGUAAACCAGGGUAAAAUGAGUCACCCUUUGUUUUAGGCCAGCAUGCCCAGAAUAAAGCAUGUUACAGCAUUUUCAGGAACAGAUCGUCAUUUCAUUCUGACGGAAUACGGGGAAUGUAUUUGCGACUUUUCCCUGGCCAAGUACAUUUCAUUUAUGACCAAAGUUAUGACAAUUUAAUAAAAGCAAAAGUUUCACUAAAGUAGGAUCAUUUUCACAUCCAUAAACAAAACUAAAACAAUACUACAAAAAACAAACAAACAAAAACACACACCCACACACAUGAAAAGUUUGACGCAUGUGUAAAGCAUGAAAAAUGGUGGGUGUGGGUAACAACCCAGCCUUAUCAAGCUGGUGUUCAGCUGGUUUUAUCUGAUUAAGAUGGUCUCCCAGUCUGGCCAAGUUGGUGUUUUUCUG